CUCUCCUUCACCCGUGACUGUUACUCCGUAGUUCAUUUCAAGCAGGCAACAGCGGCGGAUGCUCUGCUCUUCGGCGGUCGCCUUCAAUUCCUUCAUUCCUCCUCUGUGUAUACAUUAUUAAGCGGGAUCGGAAGGAGGGUAGAAAUGGACGCCGGCGAUCAAUUGGCGAGGCGGCGACGAAAGGGUGUCGUGGAGCGGUGGCUGGGAAUGAGAGGGAUCAGCUGCUGCGGCGCCUCCUGGGGUUUCUUGCCGGCGACGACCGCCGCAGUUACAGAUGACGACGGAGUUGAGGAGAGUGGGCCGGCGCCGUCGUGUGCGUCGGAGACUACGGCGGGAUCGGGGAUGAAUCUUGCUGCGGCGUUGGAGGCCGAGCGGCAGUACAUGGCGGUUCGAGACGGAGGCCGAACUACACCGGCCAGAAUAUCGUUGAUGAGGUUGCUGGAGGAAACGGCCGAGGGCGGGGAUGGGGUGGAGAUGCAGAGCGGCGGCGGCGUGCUGCUGGUGCAUGGGGAGGAGAAAGUGCGCAGCGUUUAUACCGUGCGGCCACACCUUUUGCAGAGUGUGUUCGGCGGAGCUCCGCCUGAGCCGCGGCUCUUGUCCCCUCUGCAACCGAUCCAUUAUUGACAUUCUUCACAUUUACUAAAACAUGAGUUAAAAUAUAAAAAUUCAAUUCAAUUGUUUGCAUAUCAAUUAUAAAUUUUGAAAUCUUCACUUUCAAACGACAAAGUAUUUGAAUUUUUUAAAUAAGAUUUUGUUAUAAAU